UAAAACUGAUAAAUAACCUCUACCGUAGAGGGUACAUGAUCCAAACGGUAAUCGUAAUAUUUCAUCUGCAAUGUUGUUAACUACACAUCUAUUAUGACCAUUUUGAUCUCACUCUUUUUAUUUGUAAAGUAAAACAAAAACUAAAACAUUUUUUUAAAAAAAGUAAUGUUACUUUGCGUAUGAUCGAUUCUUCCUUUACUGAGAUCUAACCAUUCUGGGUCCACCACAGAGGUAGAAGUCUGCUCAAGACGGCUGAUUUUACCGUGCAAAAGACAUUCAAACACAUGAAUAUGUUAACCGAACAGCAGACUUUAGAGCUUUUCCCCGAAGAAUGGGAGCGAAAUCAAGAAAUUUUACUAAAGUAUCCAAAUGGGUUGCCGAAGGACGAUAGCGAAAAUCAAAGUGGCUCCAGCGACCGAGAAAAUAAAUAUAAAAAUAAGGAAAGCUCUCAAGUACCUCUUCCAGCAGAUUCAUUCCCUCGUUUCGGAGUUGAGCCUAAUAAUACGGACCUUGAUUAUGUACUAUGCCCAACAUGUGAUAGGCCAUUUUUAUCAAGUUAUAUUGAGGAACAUACUGCAAAAUGUAUUGAGAGAAAUUCACUUAAACGUCAGGCGGAGAACGAUGUUCCUGCUGCAGUUAAUUCGAAGGAAACAGCUACUCCAUUAAAUGCUUCUCUCAAGAAUGGUAGUAAAGCAGCACAUCAAAAGUUAAAUGGCGCUUCUGGGGGAUCUGCCAAUCAGAAUAAUAAUAAUAACACAGAGGUUGCUUCUUCUAAACGACGGAAAGUGGAAGAAAGUAAGAAAUCCACGAAAGUGAAUAGUUCGUCCAAAAAGGAUGUGGGAAAGAAGAAGAAUACAAAACAGAGAGGACCUGUCGAUGUGGAUAAGCAAUGUGGUGUCCUUUUACCAAACAAUCUCAUGUGUGCACGUUCUUUGACCUGCAAAACACAUUCUAUGUCAAGCAAACGUGCUGUGCCUGGUCGAUCGCAACCAUAUGAUGUUCUAUUGGCUGCUUGUCAAAAGAAAAACCAAGCUAAAAUUCAACGUCAAAUUCUCGAAACUGCAAAAGAAUCGGAAGAACAGCAACAUGAAACACCUGUUGAUUCGGAUGAGGAAGUAGAUUUUGUUAUGAACGCACUACAACAAUCCGGUAACAAACCCUUAGAACAUAAAACAGUUCUACCUGUUAAACGGAGACAUACCUAUUUCCGUACCAGAGAGUUGAUUGCGGCUGCGUUUCGACACGGCGAACAAGGAAUGCAAGUUACCGGUACCAUUCUUGGAAGAGUCGUCCCUUUUAGCGCACGUUAAUCUUCUCUGUGUUUUCUUUACAUGAUUAUUUUGCUAUGAUAAGUUUAUGAGUGAUGAUGGGAAUUACUUUGCACAUAAUGAUCAUUGAUUUCUUACUUUUUCACCUUUAAUUAUAUUCUAAAUUAGGUCUCCA